CCGUACCCCCCUCCGGCGGCGGCGCGAUGGUGCGGGCCGGCCGGGGAGUUGUGAGCUCUGGGUUUGAACCGGCCAACUUCUCCAGCGGUCGGGGGCGAGCGUCAGGGCGGCGGCGAGGGCGAGUGAUGCGCAGAGCUGAAACCAUGGUCCAUCAGGUGCUCUACCGGGCGCUGGUCUCCACCAAGUGGCUGGCGGAGUCGGUUCGGGCUGGCAAGCUGGGGCCUGGCCUGCGGGUGCUGGACGCGUCCUGGUACUCGCCGGGCACCCGCGAGGCCCGCAAGGAGUACCUAGAGCGCCAUGUGCCCGGCGCCUCCUUCUUUGAUAUAGAGGAGUGCCGGAACGCGGCGUCGCCCUACGAGAUGAUGCUGCCCAGCGAGGCCGACUUCGCCCACUACGUGGGCCGCCUGGGCAUCAGCAACCAGACCCACGUGGUGGUUUACGAUGGUGACCACCUGGGCUCCUUCUAUGCGCCGCGGGUCUGGUGGAUGUUCCGUGUGUUCGGCCACCGCACCGUGUCGGUGCUCAACGGCGGCUUCCGGAACUGGCUGAAGGAGGGCCACCCGGUGACAUCUGAGCCCUCAAGCCCAGAGCCGGCUAACUUCGAAGCCACACUGGACCGCUCCCUGCUCAAGACCUACGAGCAGGUGCUGGAGAACCUUGAGUCUAAGAGGUUCCAGUUGGUGGAUGCCCGGUCCCAAGGACGGUACCUGGGCACCGAGCCAGAGCCAGAUGCAGUAGGACUGGAUCCGGGCCACAUCCGAGGCUCAGUCAACAUGCCGUUCGUGGACUUCUUGACCGAGGACGGCUUCGAGAAGAGCCCAGAGGAGCUGCGUGCUCUGUUCGAGGCCAAGAAGGUGAAUCUGGCCCAGCCCCUCAUUGCCACCUGCCGGAAGGGAGUCACCGCCUGCCACAUUGCCCUGGCCGCCUACCUCUGCGGCAAGCCCGACGUGGCUGUCUACGACGGCUCCUGGUUCGAGUGGUUCCACCGGGCCCCCCCGGAGACCCGCGUGUCCCAGUGGCAGCGCGGGAAGGCCUGAGCGGUGGGCCUCCUCAGUGGCCAGAAGCUCCCGUCUGUUCGGUGACCGCAGUCUGACACGCAGCGCGUACCUCGUCGGCAAAGGAGACCGACCAGGUUUGAGAACUGCCGGGCAAAGCUCUCUCCUUUCCUCCCAGACACUGGAAUAAACCGCUUUUUCUGAGGA